AUGGAAUUAACAGGCUUUGAGGGAGAAAGACUGACGAUAAGGUUACCACAUCCGCUAAUAGAAAAUAUUCUUAAAAACCUACAUAAAGAAAAUGAUGAAAAAGAUGAAGAUACCAAUAGAGAAAGGACAGUAGCAAUUAUAAGUACUGAUGCACCAGGCGUAAACGACAUUUGUACGACCACUAUAGCAACAGAGCUGUUUCAAGUUAUGGUUCGUCAAGGUUAUACAAGCAGUGCGUUGCAACAGUGUGGUACUCCUUUCCUUGGUAAUUUUAAGUUCUUUUUCCAAGAUACGUUAAACAAUCAAGAAAGUACUGGCAACUUAACUGCAUGUGAUACUCACAAAUCCGGCAAUGUAUCAUUUGCAACAGGAUCAACAAACCAAAUAAAUGUAGCAUUUUCUAGCGGUGGUUAUUUUGGAUGUGUUGUGAAUAUAGAGUCUGGUUCUACAUACUACUCAUCAUGGUAUAACUUUGAUGCAGCAACAACCAAUUUAUUCAACCCCCGAUUUGCAUGCGUGAUAGCACAAUAUGAUAGUACUAACGUAACAGCAUCACAGAGAAUUCGAAUGUGCCAUGAAGGUCAAACUGCUACUGGUAAACCAACAAGCGACAUAGCGUUGCAUCCUGAGACAGCAAUUACAUCAGGUGGCUUUCUCCAUCUGACACCUUAUCUUCCCACUACUGAUUCUAGUGACUCAUCUAAUACUGGAGUCAUCAUUGCUGUUGUUGUUAUACUGUUACUGCUAAUAAUUGCUGUUGUAGCAGGAAUCUUGUUCUAUAAGUUUUAUUAUAAACCAAAGCAAGAUGAAAAGAAGAGACUCAUUGAAGAGCAAAAGAAACCUAGGAGUCAUAUUGGAAUGAUGAGGAAAGCAGUGGAUUCUGGCAUUGGUGGAGGAAUUCAUAAAGAGAAGAUUGAUAUGAUAAAUAUGGUAGACAUAGAUGAUGAUGAUGGGAUAGAGGGUAGCAUAACUGGUAUAAAUCCCGAUAAAUUCCGGGAACAUAACAAUAAUAUGAAGCUUAGUGCAAGUUUUAUUGGCACUUCCACCCCUGCAACGCCUAGUGGUGUCGAUGCUGAUUUUUCAGAUCCUAAUUCCGUACCAGAAAAUGGUAACUCGAAAGAAAAACCAAAGAUAACUUCUGGAUUCUCGGCAAAUAUGCAAGGAACAACUUCGAAUGAAACGCCAAGAACAGCUGCAGAUUUGAACGGUCAUAUCCCAAAUGGACAUGUAUCUGGAGAUAUGGCAAAACAACCAGUUAGCAAGGGACAAAACCUAAACGGACAUAUUCCAAAUGGAAAUACACCAGGAGAUAAGACAAAUCAAGCCGUCAAUUCUGGGCAGCCAACAUCAGUGACGAAUGCAGUCGUGCAUAAUAGUACAAGUGGAAUCCGAAGAGAAAAAUCCAUCAUGAAGCCUACGACUAAAGACGGUGAAGCGUUGAAUGACAAGCCUGAUUCAACUGUUCCUACGGAGAAAAAGACGACAAUUGCUACAAUAAAUCCAUACACAGAGGAAAAGUCCACACUUCCAAAACAGAAUCCACAACCAACAGAAGAAGAUAAACGGGAAGAAAAAUUAAGAAAAUCCGUAUCUUUUGCCCCUGAUAAACCCGCUUUAACUUCAAAUUCAUCCUCAAAUUCAAACAAUUCUCAACCUGGCAUUUUAAACAUGUCAAAGGAAAAAACAAGUUUACCUGGGACCAUUCAAGACGUUCCUGAUACCCUUAUUACGCUUCCACGUGAACGGUCUAACCUUCUUGGUCCUAGGGAUACAACAUUACCAGAAAUAGACUUAAAGAAAAACACAGUUCCUGACAUGUCAAACUUUUAAACUUUAUAAAUGGCCAUGAAGAUACAAUGAAUAUACAUUUAAUUUAUUAUUG